AUCUCCUGCCCGGAGCCGGCCGCCGGCUCCGCUUCUUCACUCCAGUUCUCCGGCGCUGAGCUGUGCGGCGCGGAGCCGGCGGCGGCGGAGCCGACCGAGGCGCGGGAGCCCGGGGACACACUCACGCACGCUCCGGAGGGCUGACCCCGGAGACGCGCGCGGCGCGGCGCGGGGGGCGGGGCGGGGCGGGGGAGAGCGGGCCGGCGUGGAGGUGGGGGUCGCCCGGCCUUGGGGGUGGGCGCGCCGGCCCCCGGCCCUCCGCGUGCUCGCCUCCUGCCAGUCCUCGCCGCCACCACCUGGCGCAGGUCGGAAACCCCUCCUUGCCUUGGCUCCUGGGCGCCGGGGCGAGGGCAAAGUGAAUGGGAAGAUGGAGAUGGAUGUUGAGGGAGUUUCUCCGCGCCCGGAGCCCAUCCCCCGCUCCCAGGGGGCUGGCGGAGCCUGCCAGGCGCCGCCACAGCCGCCCCAGCCCCAGCCCCAGCCCCCGCCGCAGCCGCCGCAGCAACAGCAGCAGCAGCAGCAGCAGCAGCAGCAGCAGCAGCAGCAGCUGGCUCAGGAUGAAGUGCCCGGCGAGAGUGCUGGCGUGGAGGACAGCGACGAUCCCGAGGCGAGACCCAACAGCGAGAAAGGAGAGAGCAAGAGAAGCUCGGCCAGCAAGUCUUCGGGUGUUCCUUCCUAUAGCAGAUGGUCCAGUUCGCAGCCACAUCAGUCUAGCUCCACGGUGAGAGCCUAUCAAACUAGUAAGUCACGCGUGACCAUGAGCCCUGGCUUCAGCUCUCAGUGGAACAGCAGCCAACCAGCCUGGAAUACAUACUCCUUUCCAAGAGCAAGCUUGCACUAUCAGUCCCAUGCCAGCUACACCUAUUGUACUGGACACCCUGCUCAGUCCUAUGCACCAGCUCCCCACCCCAUGGCACCUCCCAGCCCCAGCACAAACAGCAGCAGCAACAACAGCAGCAGCAACAGCAGCGGGGAACAGUUGAGUAAAACCAACCUGUACAUUCGAGGCCUUCCUCCAGGCACCACUGACCAGGACCUAAUCAAGCUGUGCCAACCGUAUGGAAAAAUUGUAUCCACAAAGGCAAUUCUGGACAAAAACACAAAUCAGUGCAAAGGGUACGGUUUUGUGGAUUUUGACAGUCCUGCAGCCGCACAGAAAGCAGUAGCAUCUCUCAAGGCAAAUGGCGUGCAGGCACAGAUGGCCAAGCAACAAGAGCAAGACCCAACAAACCUAUACAUCUCAAAUCUCCCCAUUUCUAUGGAUGAGCAGGAGCUUGAGAAUAUGCUGAAACCCUUUGGACAUGUCAUUUCCACAAGAAUACUAAGAGAUGCUAAUGGAGUCAGCAGAGGCGUUGGCUUUGCCAGAAUGGAGUCUACUGAAAAAUGUGAAGUGGUAAUUCAACAUUUUAAUGGAAAAUAUCUGAAAACACCACCAGGCAUCCCAGCCCCUAGUGAGCCUUUACUGUGCAAAUUCGCUGAUGGAGGACAAAAGAAGCGACAGAAUCAAAGCAAAUACACCCAGAAUGGAAGGCCUUGGCCCAGGGAAGGAGAGGCUGGCAUGGCUCUGACCUAUGACCCCACAGCUGCCAUACAGAAUGGAUUUUAUUCUUCACCGUACAGUAUUGCAACCAACCGCAUGAUUCCACAGACAUCUCUCACGCCAUUCAUUGCUGCUUCCCCUGUCUCCACAUACCAGGUCCAGAGUACUUCAUGGAUGCCUCAUCCGCCAUACGUUAUGCAACCAACAGGUGCUGUGAUUACGCCGACAAUGGACCAUCCUAUGUCAAUGCAGGCAGCAAACAUGAUGGGCCCCCUGACACAACAGAUGAAUCAUCUUUCAUUGGGCACAACAGGAACGAUUCAGUCCCAAGACAGGAUUAUGAUACUCCACCAGCUGUUGUGUCAGUAUAUGACUGCUGCGGCUCCUAUGCAAGGGACCUACAUUCCCCAGUACACGCCUGUGCCUCCGACAGCUGUUUCUAUUGAAGGUGUUGUUGCUGAUACCUCUCCCCAGACAGUGGCACCUUCAUCCCAGGACACCAGUGGUCAGCAGCAACAGAUAGCAGUGGACACAUCCAACGAACAUGCACCUGCAUAUUCUUACCAACAGUCUAAACCAUAAACAAGACUGAAGAAUGUUUGUCUGAAACUUUGCCUUGAAUGAAGAAACUUCGUUGAACAGGAAGUUGGCUUCCAGUUUGCACAGGCGUCGAUGGAAUGCUUUUUUUUUUUUUUUUUUUAAUUUUCUACUUUACCCAGUGAAAACAAAGUGUUUUUAUGUGCUGUGCAAAUGGUUCCUUCAUGUGGUCUGACGGUUUAUUUUUGCCAUUUUUUUAAUUAAAGGAAAAAAUUCCAGAAGAGGAAACAAGCAAAAACCAACAACAAAACAAAACAUGGAAGGUUGACAUUUUAUCUGGAAGAACAUUUGAAUUCAGAACUUACCAGAAGAUGUAGAUAGAUUUUUUUUUUAUAAACAGAAAAUCAGAUGUCAAGAGGUGGGCAAAGCAGAAAUGGAAACAAAUUGUCUUCCUCUGUAAUUAAGCUACUUUUCCUUUUCUCCUUUUUGUUUAAAUCUAGUGGCUUGGUUUUUUAUUUUAUUUUUUUCUUAGAAAUAUUUAGGUAAGAUUUAUCUUGAAUCUUAAUUGCCUUAAUUUUAAGGACGUCAAAGGCUCUCGAGGCAAGCUGUCAACGUCUUGUUAAAAAAAAAUUUCAAGAAAGAAUUGAAAUAUUGUGCCGGCUUUAACUGGUACAGAAGUUUAAGACUAUGAGUUUUUAGGGUGAAAAAAAACUGUACAGUUUAAAAGAAAAUGUUUUUCUUCAUUUGAAGAAAAUUUGUUGAUAAAAGAAACCAUGGCAACUGCAAGAAUUGGGAAAAUGCUGGGACUUUUCAUGAACUUUGUCUUAAGUGUUGAAUCAUUCUAGAAGGCUAAAACAUUUUACGGUAAAGUUAUUAAUGUUGGUUUAAAAACAACUGCAUUAGAAAUAAUGCGUGUUUGGGGGGCAGAAUGCAGAUUUUUUUAAUUUACAAAGCGUGAUCGCUAGCAAAAGCAUUAGUGCUUUUUAUCUGCAGUCUUUUUUAUGAGCUUUACAAAGUUUUUAGUCAGCUUUGCUUGUCACAUUGCAAAACCUAGCUUAAGAGCAUUAAAAAAAACUUAAGUAGAUAGGAGCUUAUGGUCAAAAAGUGCAAAAAAACAAAAAAACAAAAAAACAAAAAAAGCAAUAGAUAGAGAAAUUGUUGACAAUUUCUGUAGUCUUUCCUAGUUGUGAUCAAAUUCAGCCUAUGGAUGGCCUAUUUUAUACCAAAGAUGAAGUGGCACCCUAUUGCAGUCCAGAAGAUAGAGGUUGUUUUCCUUUUCUUCUCUUUUCUUUUUAAAAUUUUAUUUGACCUACAUGGCCGGACCAGUUCUUACUUUGUUGUUUGUUUAAACUACCUUCCACUGGUGUUUUACAUACUGCAAAACAAAACAAAAAGGGGUUUUGUUUGUGUUUUUCCUUUUAAUAUGCAUUUGUUGAUAAUACGCAGACGCUUGCACCUGCUGUGUUCAGCGGUUUGAGCAUGAAGAGUUCUGGAUACCAACUGACAGAGCCAAAUGGCUGUAUAUUCAUUCCAUGAGCUUUUUUGGUUCCUUACUAGCUCUCUUGAGUCAUGACACCUGUAUUGAUGGCCACCAGUAAGCUGAGACACUUGAUUAACAGGUUGAAAUUCCUUUAUGUGAACACUCAACUAAAGAUACUUCCCGAACUGGUCUGAAAGUCACUUGUCAAAAAAGCGUAGUGAUAUUCUGUGAAGUGAUGAGUGGUCUCCUGAAAAGGUCUCACUGUAUUUGUAAUUAUAGUCUUCCUUCUCAAGUCCAACACCUCUAGGUUUUAUCUUCUCACCUCAGUCUUUGUUAUCAUUUGCCAUGAACAGCCACCUUGAUUCUGCAAAUGGGGAGGGGAUAUCUUCUUUUGGCCUCCUUUCAUUGUAUUCCCAUACCCUGGUGUUGUCAGAAGAAGGACAAAAAUAGACCUUUUUAUUUCAAUUUAACUCUCUGAGGCAAGUAGGACCAAUAAGAUUGAGGAUUCUAUUAGUGGAAUUUAGGUAAGCUUUUAAAAUGCUAGUUGACAAUCAAGAAAUUGUAUGAUUUAUAUUAAUAAGAACCAAAAGAGUUGGGUUUGAUCAAUCAUUAAAGCCAAAGGAGAUAUAUUUGCAUCGAAGAUGAUGCAAAACUUUGCCUAAAAUGAAUUGAGUUAACAAACAUCUUGGCAUAUUUGACUCAUGGAACCCAUGUUCAACCUGUUAUGGUUUUACCUGAGAUUAAGACCAAUGGAACUUUGUUCACUGAACCAUGCACUAGAAUUGCUUCCCGAAUGGAUCAUCAGAAUCAAAUAGGUGAAAGUCUUCACAAAUUAAGUCAAGAGAACCUGUCUUAGUCCAGAAAGAGGAGGGAAAUGCAUUAAGUGCACUGUAAAAGAAAACAGGGUAGGCUUUUAAAGAUGAAAAAAGCUUUAAAAGGCAAAUCAUAUCCCCGUUAGGUCAGUAUCAGUAAUGAGUUUGGCUUGUAUGACAUUGUCAAUAUUCCACUAUUUAUGAUCUGUUAACAGAGGCCUCGUGCUGAAAUGGGCCCGUUUCUCUUAUUUGAAACCCCAUGAAUUAGAAGCUUGAGUCUAGGGAGUGACUCCCUAUCUUUGCAGUCAAAUUAGAGGCAAAAAUGUAUCCAAGAAAAUGUAGCAUGUGCUACAGAGAAAUUCCAUCUGGUGACACCCAUCCUUGAUGGUUUUCCAUGCUUUAGAGAGAAUCCUAGAUUUAUACUUUCUUCUGUUCCAUCCUUCAGCUUCUCAUGUAUUUCAAGGGUGGCACUUAAGUUUUACCUUUGAGAAGUGGGCCCCUGAGUUACAGGGGGUAAAAGCGAACAUGUGUAGCAACUGUGUUUUUUUGUUUCUCUUUUUCAGUCUCUGAACUCUUUGUAUAAAUGAGGAUUAUCCUGGGCAUAAUUCAUUUGAAUAUGAAACCAACAUGCUUUCUUUUGUUUCUGUAAAAAACAAAAAAACAAAAAAAAAAAAACAAAAAAAAAAAACCUUAAUGUGAUACAAAGAAAGUCUCAUUUACGCAAUCAACAAUGAGGCUAAGAGGUAGCUACCAUGUGGCUGAUGAGUGUGCCUAGGUAACUUCCUGUUUCUAUUCAAAACUACUGCUUUAUUUAUACAUUAAGAAACAUUUUUUUCAACUAUGAAAUUUCAAUGAUCUCAAUUUUUUUAAGCCACUUCAGGCACAAGGAAAUUACCUGUCAUUUUAUGUCCAUGUGUGUUUUAUGUUUGGAUUUUUUAUAUCAUGCCAUUCUAGGAAAUAUCUUAUUUCAAACCAAAAAGAAAAAAAAAAAGAAGGAAAAAUGACACAUGUUCAAAUUUGCAUCUGUCAUCCUAGCUAUAAUUGUUUUAAGAGUCAAGUCUGGGGGAAUAAAAAAAAAAGCAUCAACAGGUAAGCAGCAUUAUAUUCUAUGAAAAAUAAAACAAACCAAAAUACGUGUUCAAUACAUGCAGACAUCAGAAUCCUAAUUUCAUCAGCAAUCUAUAUUGUGAUUUUAAUCCUAUUUAGGACUCUAUUUUUUUUUUAAGUGUUCUAGCUCAUCAGAUUCCCAAACAUUUAUUCAGAUACUAACAUUUUUCCUUUCAACUUAAUUGCCAAGACUUCUAAACAUCAGGAAACAAACCAAAGCCACAGUCCAAAUGGGAUAAAUGUUAUCUUACCCAGACUCUAGUUACAUGGUCAGGGGAGCAGUGGGUUUUCUUUUAAUAAUGAUAAGGUCUUGUCAGGGAGACAGAUUAUGCAUAGUGAUUCAAUACAUGGCCAUGUCUUCUGAAGAUGUCUUAGACCCUAUGUAACCUGAAAGUAACGGGAGCAGGUGCUGGUGACUGUCCAAGACUGGCACGUCUUGAUUAUUGCAAGUGACAAAAAUCAUCUACUGACUUCAGUCUGGCCAGGGUUAGUUUGUCUCCUUGUCUCCAUGCUUCACUUGAAUCAAUUCUUCCUGUGAGUUUAACAGAUCUGCCACAUUCGACAGCAUAUAAGACUCACUUCCACCCAUUCUAGUGAAAAACCCCAUGGUAUUAAAAGCACUCAUGUUAGAGAUGGAAGGCUGAGAGCAGAAGAAGGUUGGAUGGAGCAGGAAGUUCACUGUCAGUGCAGAAGACAUCAACCCCUCGCAAAACUGCGUUACAAUCAUUUCAAUUCAUACGUGACAAAAAAAUAAUAGAUUUUUUCCUAAAAAAAUUUUUAUUUGAAUAUUUUGGAUGUCUAUAUAUAUCUCUGUGUCUUUUACAGCAGCCUAAACUCCCCAUUAAUGAAGAGUAAGCUUUAAGUAGCACUUUUUCAGUCUUCAUAACUCAGAAGUUUCAAUGGACUGUCUAGACAGAUUACAAUGUUAGUAGGAAACUAAAACUACAUUUGACAAUUCAGUCUCAUUCUUAAUUUGCAUGUAGAAGCCACUACAGAUGAGCUGAUCAGCAGAGAGAAAUUCUUAAGUGAGUUUCAGCAAUACGUGUUUUUAGAUUGUUGUAAAAUCAAAUAAAGGGUAACAUUUAUGUACACGUAUAAGCAACAUUCAGCACAUUUGAGGAGUCACACUUCAUAACAAAGUUUAAUAAACAUGUCACACAUAGAGCCUUGAUCUACAUUAUCUUGUCCACAGUAGAGAGUGAAGGAUGAGAUUUUGUUUUUUUGUACCGUUGUGGCUGGCAUCCUUCAGAAUUUUGAGCUCACGGAGACUGAUGGCAUAUCACUCCAAUCUGAGGGACUAACGGAAUUCAAACAGGCUCAUUGACUCUGUACACAGUACCCUUCCUAUGGCAGAGUGAUAAUGGGAUCUCAGUAAUGAAUCAGUUUGUUACACAUGACAUCCACUGUGGCACUGGAAGACGGUGGAGUCUAACUCAAAUUAAUGUUUCUUACCCAAUAUUCUUAAAUAUGAAAUCAGUCCCUUAAUUCAAGCACACUUGGUCAUAGCUGUCCUUUGUGGCCUGUACAGAGUUCAGGAAAGUACAAAGCUAAACACAAGACUCGUGUGUGGCCCCAGGACCGUUUCUGAUGUGACAGGGGAGCUCACCCCAGAUUGGUGGCUUCUUUUUAUCUUUGGUGUCAUCCCCCGUACAUAUGCUCCCUGUCACACACACAAAAAAGAUGGAUAGCUUCUCAAUAGUCCUUUCUUUGUAUUGCUGAAAGGGAAAACGAACAUUCUAAGAAAAGCUUCUUCCACUCAGGAAGCUUUAAAGCUGGAGGAGAGCUGAGAUCGAGCUUGGAGUCUGUGGGAAGAACCUCAAGGCCACUGAGUCACACUUCUCUUCCACUUUAUUCACUGCAGUUAGUUAACUUCCCUGAUAACUGAGUCUUGCAGAAAUACAAUCACUCUCAAUUUUAGAAGGGCUGUCUACCCUGUAGGUUGGUUCUGUCUUCUCAACUAUUAAGGUCUUGGGCUCUCUUUCCUUUUAUUAACAUUUUACCCUGCAGGUGGAAGAGAAACAUUUGGAAAUCAAAUUCAAAUCAGUCUGUUUCUUUGUUAAGUAUUGAUUUACUGAAGGAGUUUAAAAUCAUUGGUAAAACCAUCAGUGUACUAUAGACUGUGGAGUUUUAUUAUCCGUAAGUCUCUUUUCCAUCCACCACAAAUAAGUGAGAGUUGGCUGUAUUGUUGCAAAUGCAAAGGGGGAAAAAAAAAACCAACAACAACUGUAGCAAAGUAUUUAGCUUCUCUCAAAAGAAAGCUGUUUUGGUUUCGUUCAGUAUUGAAAUUUUAACCAGAUGAAAAGGUCAACUCCAAAUUGAGUUAUGAGAAUACAAUAGCAUCUCUUGGUUAAAUAUACACUCAUCCCUAUUUUAAAUCUUUGGCAAAAAAAAAAAAAAAAAAAAAAAGGAAUCAUUCUGUUAUUUUUUUUUUUUUAUUUUGCAUCACUGUAUUAAGGCUGAAUGAUCUUGACACUCCAGUGGAUUUUUUUCUGAUCAUUUCAAAUUUAAGUAGUGUCCAAAGUGUAACUUUAGUGUUAUGCUUUGUAUUAAUCCUCUGGUCUUAGAUUAUUGAGAAAGAUGCUCUGUCCUCCUCCCCAAAAUGUUUCAUUUCCUCAUAUAUGGAAAAAUGAGUUAUUUCAUACUUUUCAGGAACUAUAAAAACUAUUUCAAAGAGACGCUUGAAAAAGUUUUCUCCAUUCUGGAAAUUAAUUCUUCCAUUGAUUUGAAAAGAAGUGGAAUAUAAUUGGAACCUUAAUUUAAAAAAAAUACAUGUAAAAGUGUACUUGCUAUAAAAUACCCAGUUUCUUUAAAAAAUAUGGGACACAGCUUCUUUUAAAACCCUUGUUUUAGGCCAUAUUUGACUUCAUGGAAUUUCUGAAACAUCAUUCAAUUCUGACUUUAUUUAAGAGCAUUUUGUACUGCUGUCUCUGUCAUGGAAAGUUCUGUAAUCCUAUGGUGUUUCCGGUUUUAUUUUUAAUUUUUUCAUCUGUACCACAGUCAAAUUAGCUACCAUUUCCCCCAUUCCUUGGGCUUUCUGUAGAUCAGUGGAUGUUAGGUUUAAACUUCUGUUUUCUUUGAUGAAGCUUUCAAUAAAAAAUGAAAAUAAAAUCAA